CAGCCCCGCGGAGUCACGCGCAGCACGUAGGCGUCGCGCCGAGUCGCGCCGAGUCGCCCGUGUCGUCCGUGAUGCAAGUGUCGCGAGUGGGAUGAGUGUGGAAAGCGCGCACGACGCGUGCGCGAUGCUCGCCGGCCAGGUGAACGGCGUCGCGGAGAAGGACAAGGAGCAGGCCGUCGCGACGCCCGCCGACGCUCUGGAGUGCGACGAGGACCCCAAGGACUCUGUUGGCGACGAAGCGCCCGCCGACGCUCUGGAGUGCGACGAGGACCCCAAGAACUCUGUUGGCGACGAAGCGCCCGCCGACGCUCUGGAGUGCGACGAGGACCCCAAGGACUCUGUUGGCGACGAAGCGCCCGCCGCCAAGUCGCGGGACGCGAAGGAGGGCCAUGUCGAAGAGGACGACCCUGCCGAGGGGGACGAUGACGCCGCGAGCGAGGGUGGAGGCAAGGACGACGACGAGGACACCGACGACGCGUUCGAGGACGCUGAGUUCGCACCGCCGCCGCUGGCCCGCGGCCGCAGCAGCAGCUCUGUGGGGGCGUGGCUGACCGACGAGGACGAGGAGAGCCUCAUCGUGGACUUCCUGGACAAGAGCACGGACGAAGCUGAGGCGCGUCUCGCGGCCCGCAGGCAGGCCAGAGCGGAGGCGCGGGAGAUUCGAAUGCGGGAGCUGGAGCGGCAGCAGAAGGAGUCCGAGGAGAAUGCCGACCGCCUGUACGACAUGCAUCCCGAAACUGCUCUCCGGACGCCGCCAGCGCGCUCCGUGAGCCAGUCGCGGACGCCCGUCGUCAACAACAGCGGCGGCGGCAGCAGUGGCGGCAGUGGCGGCGCCAACAACCACCAAUGGAGCCGGCGGUCCUCGGAGGACUCCCUGGAGGACGGCGGCGGCCCCAGCCCCGGCCCCAACGGCGAGACGCCGCGGGACGGCAGGUCGACGCGCGACCUGCGGCACGAGCUCAAGGAGGUGGAGGACAAGUUCCGGAAGGCCAUGAUCCAGAACGCGCAGCUGGACAAUGAGAAGGCGAGCUACACGUACCAGGUGGAGCUGCUCAAGGACAAGCUGGAGGACCUGGAGGUGGCGUACGCCCAGCUGCAGCGUGAAAACAAGGAGAAAUGUCGCGAGGUCGACCAACUCAAACGCCUCACGCAGCGCUUGAAGGAUGAUCUGGUGAUGUGCCAAGCUGCUUUGGAAGAGCGUGAUAGACUUAUUCAGGAACAAGGUUUGGUUAUUGUUGGUGAUGAAGGGGAGCUAGAUGGCUGUGAAGAUGGUGAGAAGCGGACACCUAGGAAAGCUCUUGUCUCUGUUGAAUCAGCAGAGAUGCUGCAGAAAGCGGGUGAAGGGUCUCUAGAUGUUCGACUGCGAAAGUUGGCAGAGGAACGUAAUGAACUUUUGGAUCAAAUCCGGCAUUUUAAGUUGGAGCUCGAAGACGAGCGCAGUAGACAUCGAAAUGGACCUCGAACUCUUAAUGGUCCACAAGACUCAGAUAUGGAAGACCUUCAAAGGGAAUCUCAAAAAUUGUUAGGGGAUUAUAAAUUCAAACUUCAGAAGGCUGAGCAAGAUGUUUCAACAUUGCAGGCCAAUGUUGCAAGAUUGGAGAGUCAAGUUAUCCGUUACAAAUCUGCUGCUGAAACAGCAGAAAAAGUAGAGGAUGAAUUAAAGGUAGAAAAGAGGAAACUGCAACGAGAGGUUAUUAAUGGGCUUGGAGAUGAGAGUACUCUGGCUGUGUCUGAUAUAGCAUUUGAGGAAACUGGGUCAUUAAAAGAAUCAGGUCAUUUAGAGGAGGUCAAAGAAGCAGAUGAGCUGUCUGAAAGGAUCGAGGAUAGCAGCAAUGAAGGUGGUGAUGAGCAAGAUUUCUGGGCGGUAAUAUUUGAUGGGACUUCAGAUGAAACUUGUCAAAACCCAUCUUCAAAUGAAUCAAAUGGGGCUGAUGUUUGUGAUCCAAAAUCUUAUCCAAAGAGCAGCGUUAACAAUUCCCAGUUCACAAAGAUAUGUGAGGAUGAUAGUGAUGAUGAAUCUUUUGAAGCAAUUUCCGCCAUAGCCUUCCUUCUGGGUGACGAGGCUAAUUAUGCUGUUGACUCAAAUGCUGUUGACAAAAAUUUUGUGAAGGAAAACUGUACAGUUUGUGUUGCUGUUGAAGAUGAAGCAGAAGACUUCUGGGCUAAAUUACAGGAGGAAGAUGACGAAGCAUCUGACUUUCAGAAUCAAAAGUCAGACCGCGAUGAAUUUUCUGAUCCAAAUUCAUGGUCCAUUUUAGGAUCCAGUGAUCUCCCUGGUGCUGAUCAGUGUCCCAAUCAUUGUCAAUCUGAAGGAGCAAGGAAUGAAAAUGAUGUUGAAUCGGAUAUGUUUGAUUACCUUGAAGGUGUUACAAUUUGGGAUGAAGAUGGAGCUGACGAGAACAGUAAUGUCGCUAAUGGCUUUUACAAUGAUGAAUUGGAUUAUCUCGUAGGAGUUACUAUUUGGGCAGAGGCACCUGCUGAUUUAUUGUAUGAACAGCAAGCUGCUAUCGAGGAUCCAACUGGUAUUCUAGAUGAAGGCAAAGUUCAUCCCUCAGAAUACUACUGGAGUUACAAUAUUCAUAACUUCGAUCCUCAAGAUCUAUUAGGGGGAAAAGAACCAGAAGUUCACUUUGUGAGUCAAGAAUCAAAACGGUCUUUUGAAGUGUCUCUUGACAAUGACGGCUUGGAGGCUGUAGACAUGGACACAAAAUCCCCUUUCCCGAGCCUUGACAAAGAGAAAUCCGCUGCUAAGCACUUGUUUGCAAUACCAGAAUCGCCCCAAGAGGUUGAAGGGGCCCUGAACCUGAAAAGCCCAGCAGCCAAGAAUGGUUCUUCCCAAAGGUUCCCCAAGCACUCAAUGAUUCCCAAGCCCAAGAAACAGAAUCAACAAUGCCACAAGUCGGAUGCGGAUGCGAACGCGAACGCGGAUGAUUCCCCAGCGCCAAAUGUCACCUCGGCCACUUUAGAUCGUCCCGGCAGUCGCAGGUCGCGGGAUCGAGACAGAGACAGGGAGAAGGACCGGGAUCGGCGCAGGCGAGGACGAGGCUCCGGGAGUCGUUGGCACAUGCAGAGGAACUAGAGACAGCCAAUUCACAUCUUCAAAGAAGAUUGGAUAAACUAAAAAAUGCCAAGUCUGCUCUAUUUAAGGAUCUCUGAUGUCCAUUCUACCAUGGUGAGAUAAAAAUUUGCCAUGGAUCUGUCCUAAAGACUUUAUUUCUCAUAAAAUGGUUAACUAAAUUGAUUUGAUGGAUUACGUCCACCUAGGCAUGAAUUCAUUUGACCAUGUACUUUCCCAAAUAUAUUGGGGCACUGUCUAUUUGUUUCAGUAUCCUAUUAAAUAAUCGUUUAUAUAUUCUGUAUUUCAUGAUAUUAAGAGAGGUAACUGUCAUUCAAUGAUUUAAAUUCAAUUUUGGUUGUUUUGUGUAAUUUGCAACACCUCCCUUCUACUUAUGACAUAAGGAUUUGGUAAGUUUCCAUGCACCAAAUUGGUACUGCAAUGGCUUAUUCACUUUUAAUAGUGUUUGUGAUUAAAUAUUGGGUCCUAAAGAUACUGACUGACUUGUCUCAGGCCUAUACUAAGACCUCCAGACCAUUUAAAAUGGGAUAACUUUGAAGCUCUUAAGCUCUUAAAAUUAAGUCUAGCUUUCUUCCUGCCGUGGUGUUUUUAAUUUAUUUGUGUGUUGUAAUUUCAUUUUUUUCGAUUAUUGUCCCUCCUUUCUGUAAUUUUCAUUUUCUGUCUGAAUCUGUCAGUCCUAGGGUUCAACAAGGGGUCAAGAGUUUCAUUUUUACCACAUGUUGCAAAGGGAGGGGUUGCGUGGUUGAUUGAUUGAUUUAACUCCUGCCUGCCUUCUCUCUUUUGCCUUGUUAACUUUUUUUUUUUUUUUUUUUUUUUGGGGGGGGGGGGGUUAAGAAACGAGAGAAGCCAUGUGCCUCAAUAUUGUACAUAUCAACAUUAUUUGUGCCAUUGAAUUCACACAAACUAGAGCUGGCUUCAUGACUGUUGGUGCUUUACAAAAUUUUUUUUGACGAAAAAAUUUUGUUUGUACUCUUGAAAGGCUCAAUGAAUUUUUUUAUCUUGCUCUUGCUGUUUGAUGGAACUCACUCAGUGCAAUAUAUUGAUGAAGUUUCUAUGUACGGGUUUGUUUAGGCUGAAAAAUAGAAAUCAAUGUUUUUCCCUUCGAUUUGUGUACGAUACUACUUAUGGACCACCACAGACAUUUUAGUUUCUGAUUCCAAGUUUUGUUCAAAUGCCACUUGCAUUUAUGAACUUCCAGUGAGCAACUUGCCUGUACUUGCACAGUUUUAAAUGGGCAAAUGUGGCGUUUCUUGCCAUAAUCCUUUUAAACUAAUAAUAAUAAAUAAUUGAAGAGGUGGCUGUGUACCUUGCCUUAUUUUGGUGAGAAUCCUGCCUUUUUUGUUUUGCAAAAUUUCCACUGCAUGUUUCCCUUUUCAGCAAUUUAAGAAAGACUGCUAAGAUGCAUAUUAUGAAUGCAUACCCAUUGUAAGUAGCAUUGUAGUGGAUAUAUAUUUGGAUUCUUGGAAAGAUGCAUUGGUCCCCAUAAUGUAGUGAGUUAGAUCUUUAGAAAUCCACAGUGCUGAAAUUGCUGCAGCAGCAUAACUCUGCUUCCUAGAUGCUUAGCCAAGCUUUCUUGAAUAUCUUCAUCUUUGUUGUUCGGAUCGAAGCAUACCAAUCAAGAUAUUAUUGUUUGACUUAUUGUUCUUGAACCCUAUUCCUAUGUGUGACUGUCAGGUGUUAAAUUGAAUUCUUUGCAUAACAUUUUGUUUGUUAUUUUGAUUUUUUGGUAUUGUUAGUUAGACCAAAUGAGGAAAUGGUGCAUUGGUGGGAGACUCUGGUAUCCCACUUUACUGGAAUUGUGAUACCAUUGGUUGUUACCUUGUGUGUAUGCCACUUACAGAAAGGAUGUUUCAAUUCCCAUUUUAUUGCAUGCCAUGCUUAAAUUGCAUCUUUUGUUUUGAAUUAAUGACUUGAUUUUUUAAUACUUGCAUUUUUAUUUGCUAAAUUCUUUAUGAACCAGCUUUACAAUGACCUGUCAAUUGUUUAUUAACAGCUAUUAGUAUUUGCUUUGAACAAAGUCCUAUAUAGUUAAGAUGUUAUUUAAGACCAUUGUUUUUGUUAUGUUUGUAUGUAUUGUGUAGAAAGAGACUUUUCAAAUAAACUCCUUGUAAUUAUUAUUAUUACUAUUUAGUCUGAGUUGAAUUCUGCUGUUACAUCACUGUUUAUUUAGAGACAUCUUCAUUUUCCUGUUGAAUAUUUUUGCAGAAACAGACACUGAUACUCUUUGACACUGUCAUUUCGUGUGCUCAUGUGUGUACACCUAAUUUGUUUCUAUGUAGAAGACCUUCUCCCCCGUUUGUAUGGUUCUUAGUGGAAUCGAUGAUGAAGAUACAUCGACUGUUCCUCUGCCUGUUUUGUAGACAUUGUAACAUGACCACACCACAUAUUUAUUUGGUUAACUAAGUUUCUUGGUUGUCCUCUUUUGUAUUUUUGUACGUAAGAAGCUGUAAUUUAAUUAGAUUGUUUGUAUUAAACAGGUACAGUAAUGUAGAAAAUUCUGUAUUAUUUUCUUUUUAUACUUUAUUGUACAGUAGAAGCUCAAGUAUUCUGUGAAUGAAGUUUCUAGUUGUAAAGAUUUUGGAGGCAAGCUGUACUACCUGUGAAGAGUGUUUGUCCUUGUAGCCAGAUGGGUGAUCUCUCAUUCUCCUGAAAGUUUGUUAGAAAGAAUUUGUCAAGAUAGAAGUUACUAGAUGUCCUGGACUGAGAGAUUCCUUGCCAUUAAACACUACGAAGGAUAAUCAUGAAUUGUGCAAUUUACAAAUUUAACAAGGGUAUUGACUGUUAACAGUUUCCUUUAUUAACAUAAUUUGUAUCAAAUUGUAUGGACAAUGUAUUAUAAUUUUUCAGAGGUACCAGUCAUAUAGGCAACUCUGAUGCAACUGUAAUUAUUUUCUCCUACUUAAAAAUAUAAUUGGUGCUGCAGUGUUAACUUA